GGCCGCGGCUGCGAGCUCCCCGGCCGCCCCCGCGCCCCGCGGCCCUGAGGCGGCCCGGGCCCGGCGGGAGCAGCCGGGCCAUGCCGAGCAGGCCGCCUCGCCAGUUUGAAAGUACCUCUGCGCUCCCGACCGCGCUCCCUAAAUGGUUGUCGCUUUCCACCUCCCACGGAGGGAUGAGUUAGGCUGGAGCUGGCGCCGACGCGGGUCCCCGCGCAGAGCCCUCGGUAAGACAAGAGAGAGCUGCUUCCUGGGUUGUAUCCUGUGCUCUUCACAAGUGGGAGUGCAUCGCAGCCAGCACGGAGAAGGGCUUCCUCUCGUCUUCAAGGCACUUGCCUCUGCCUCCUGUUCCCUUGUCCAAAAGAAGGAAAAGCCAGACCAAAUCAGUCCAUAAAGAACCUGUGCUGGUCUAAGGAGGAGGCUCUGGAGUCUCUUCACCUCUUUUCUUCCCAGGAUCCUGGCUGUGGGCUGGAUUUUCUGGUCUCAGCUUGAGGGGAUCAUUUACAGGGAAUCAGGAUCUCAGAAUCUUUUGGUCUUGCUUUUACUUGAACCCUUUCAUCCGGGAAGCUGAAGCUAUCACUGCUAAAAUCCCAUUUUUUUUCCCAAGCAUGUCAGAAAGCUGGCAGCAGCAACAGCAGCAACCACAGCAGCCGCCGCCACCGCAGCAGCACCACGCUGGGGCAGCCGCCCUCCCAGAGCACUCCAUUCCUCCCAGCACUGCUGACAACCCCCUGGGCUGUGCCGUGUACGGCAUCCUGCUCCAGCCGGACCCCGGACUGCAGCACCACCAGCACGCCCCCAUCCAGGCUGGAGAGCCAUCCCACAAGUGCGGUGUGUGUGGCCAUGACCUCGCCCACCUCUCCAACCCCCAUGAGCACCAGUGCUUGCCAAGCCAUGACCGCUCUUUCCAAUGUACCCAGUGCCUGAAGAUCUUCCACCAGGCCACCGACCUCCUCGAACACCAGUGUAUCCAGGUGGAGCAGAAGCCCUUUGUGUGCGGGGUUUGCAAGAUGGGUUUCUCCCUCCUGACCUCGCUGGCGCAGCACCACAAUGUCCACAACGGCAAUGCCAUGAAGUGCUCUAUCUGUGAGAAGACCUACAAGACUCCCGAGGUAGAGCAUUCACAGCCUCUGGACCCCUCGGAGAAGCCCUAUAGCUGCUCCAUCUGUCAGAAAACCUUCAAGCACCUCUCGGAGCUGUCCCGGCAUGAGCGCAUCCACACGGGUGAGAAGCCGUACAAGUGCACACUGUGUGACAAGAGCUUCAGCCAGUCCUCCCACCUGGUGCACCACAAGCGGACGCACAGCUCGGAGCGGCCCUACAAGUGCACGGUGUGCGAGAAGACCUUCAAGCACCGCUCCCACCUGGUGCGCCACAUGUACGCGCACUCGGGGGAGCACCUCUUCAAGUGCAACAUCUGCGAGCUGCACUUCAAGGAAUCCUCGGAGCUGCUGCAGCACCCCUGCACGCCCAGCGGGGAGCGGCCCUUCCGCUGCGGGGAGUGCCAGAAGGCCUUCAAGCGUCCCUCGGACCUGCGGCAGCACGAGCGCACGCACAGCGAGGAGCGGCCCUUCAAGUGCGACCUGUGCCAGAUGAGCUUCAAGCAGCAGUACGCGCUCAUGCGCCACCGCCGCACGCACAAGGCCGAGGAGCGCUUCAAGUGCAACCUGUGCGAGAAGGGCUUCGUGCAGCCCUCGCACCUGGUGUACCACCAGCACGUGCACGGCAUAGAGAACCUCUUCAAGUGCAACGUGUGCCAGAAAGGCUUCAACCAGUCCUCGGAACUGCUGCGGCACAAGUGCGUGCAGAACGCGGAGCGGCCCUUCAAGUGCGCGGUGUGCAACAAGUCCUACAAGCGGGCCUCGGCUCUGCAGAAGCACCAGCUGGCCCACUGCGCCGAGAAGCCGCUCAAGUGCACGCUCUGCGAGAGACGUUUCUUCUCCUCCUCGGAGUUCGUGCAGCACCGCUGCGACCCGGCCCGCGAGAAGCCCCUCAAGUGCCCCGACUGUGAAAAGCGGUUCAAGUACGCGUCGGACCUGCAGCGCCACCGGCGCGUGCACACGGGCGAGAAGCCCUACAAGUGCUCCUCCUGCGAGAAGGCUUUCAAGCAGCGUGAGCACCUCAACAAGCACCACAGCGUGCACGCCCGGGAGCAGCAGUACAAGUGCAUGUGGUGCGGGGAACGGUUCCUGGACUUGGGCCUGCUGCAGGAGCACAGCGUCCAGCACACGGCCGAGGGUGCCUACCAGGUGGCUGCCUGCUUGCCAUGAGCCUCCCGCCCCACGGUGGCUUUCAGCUUGCAUGGGACGCUCCUGAGCCUCAGCCUUCCCUUCCCUCUCCUCGGUUCUUGGCAACCUCCAGGGAGUGUGGGGGAAAGGGGGGGUACGGUGUGUGGGCAGGUAAACUUUCCUCUGGCCUCAGACAUGCCACCUGUAUCGAAGUAGCGACAGACGAUGUGGACAUCUCAAAGGGGCGGAAAGGAAAGGAGGGAGGUGGAGAGAGGAAACUAUGCCUGCAGAUGCUGGUGUUCCCCAGACUGUAGUUUGUGCUGUACCUGCAGUUCCAGUCCUGGGAGCUCAGCUGUCUGUUGCAAGCACCAGCUCUUUGCGUGCAGCCUUUUUCCCCUGCCCUGCCUGGCAGGUGGGGAGGAUUGGGUGACUCUCCUUCUGGAGAGGGUUUAGGAGCAAGGCAGAGCCAACCCUCCCUUCUCCCAGGGUGUGCUGCUUGGCAUAGAGAUGUCAGGUUUCUGCUGCUGGGGUCUCCCAACUUGGUCCAGGCUCAGUUGAGGGCAUUAUUUCAGAUGGUUAUUGUUGAUUGACUGCCCCAGCCUCCCCUGCUCUCCCUCCUUCUAGAGUGUUGAAAGGGAAAAGCCAUGGGGCUUCACAGCUCCAAAAAGCACUUUGGCAUUGCUGCUUUUGCAGUGGCUGGCUGUCACAUGCUGCAGGGGUUCUGAGUGAGCCUGCCUGCCCCCUGUCCCUGCCAGCUGCACAGGGAGCUGUAGGAAGCGCUGUGCUGCCACCACAAAGCAUGGCAAGGAGCACUGGGACAGUCUGCCUGGGAGGAGGUCAUGGAUUCUCCCUCUCUGGAGACAUUCAGAACCCACCUAGACAUAUUUCUGUGUAACCUGCUUUAGGUGACCCUAACUUAGCAGGGGGGUUGGACUAGAUAAUCUCCAAAGGUCCUUCCAGCCCUAACAGUUCCAUGAUUCUGUUACAGCAUUCAUACCCUGCUCCCAACCAAAAGCCUGCCAUUCAAGAGCUGCUUCCCAAGGGACUUAGCCUCCUCCUGCCUUGCCUCUGUGCCCUUGAGCACCCCUUGGGCUGACAGUGGUACCUCCAGCAGGGUCAGGCAAUGAGCUGUCACAGCUCCAACACUAAGGGGUGAGAUGAACACUACAAUAACCUACAACUGCAGAGGUGUUGCCAUGGCCAGCCAUAACCCACAGCAUGUGCCAGGGGCUUGGUGUCUGAUUUGCUGGAGGAACCAGAGCGAGCCAGGAGAAUCCUUUAUGGCCUGCAGGCUCAGCUCCAUGGGGAGGGCAAAGUUAGCAGUGGGUAAAGGAGAAAUCUAUUUUUUCCCCUCUUGCAGGAGUCCUUUUUUAUCCCUUUGCCCUUUCUUUACCUCGUCUGUAUUCUUCAGGUUUUGCACACUUCUUGUAAACAUCACUUAAAAAUAAAUCUCCCCUAGGUUGAUGCAGCCUCAGGUGUUUUCCUCUACAGGAAUUUGCUGGCUUCUCACGUCCAAGAGAUCCAUUAUGUGUCAGUUAGAUGCCUUGGAGGUUGAAGAUGUGCCUACUAGGUUGUUCCCCAGCCUUCCCCCUCCAUCUUUGGAGAUAGUAAGUAUCCAUCUCUGGAGAUGUUCAGUCCCUGGCUGGAUGUGGUCCUGGACAACCUGCUGUAGUUGACCCUGUGCAAGCAAGGAGUUGGACCUGAUGGUCUUCAGAGGUCCCUGCCAGCCUCAGCUCGUCUGUGGUGUUGGCUCGUCUGUGGUGCUCUUGUGAGGUUUUGAGCAGCAGCCAGGGUGUUAUCCAUGUGCUGCACGAGAGAUUAGGACAAGGUUAGUGACUGUUGUCCAUAGCAAGUGUAUACAGAUUGCAGAGGGUUGGACUGGGCCUGCAUCUCAGUUGGGGGACACUUGUCUGAAAGGUGGAGAAGGGCUUUAGUUUUCCAUUUCCAGCACGGUGAGGGGAAGAGGGUGCAUUUUCAGGGGCUGGGACAGGGCAGUGACAGGGUAGACCCUGGGCUGUGUCUUCUUUAUGUGCAACUUUAAGGUGAUUAAAACAGACUGUGUUCUCUGCUGCCCAAGGAAGAGGGACCCAUGAUGGUUAUCUUACUUUGUGCUGCCUCAAAGAUGUAGAACUUCCUACCAAGUUUUCCAUCUGUGUUUCUUUUUCCUCUUUUUUUUGUUUUACCUUUUUUUUUUAAACAGUUUGUUAAAAUUCAUUAAAAAUACUGUAUAGUUUAACUUGAUGUCAUAUAGAAUCUUUUAAAAAAAAGAUGUGGUAACUUGGAUUUUUAAAGAGCUCUUUAGUUCUAGGUAACUGGUUUUUGCUGUUUAAUAUGUAGUAAGUUCAGUGUAUGCUUUACUGUAGGAGUAAAAGAGAGUCCAAACAAAGGAAGGCUAAUCCUGUCUUUGCAGAAGGGCUUGGUGGUGAUGGAGGCUCAAAUGUGGGACCAGAUGAGGACUGUGGCACCCAUCUGAACCCAUGCUCUGUUCCUGCCUUGGGCUGUGGUUCCUCUGCUCUUGCCCAGCACAGCUGCCAGGGGUUCAGUGGUCACUGGCAGCCAGGAUCAGUGCCCAGGGCUCAGAGCUUGCAGAGAGGCUUAUCUUUGCUAGGAGGAGGGUGUGAGAUAGGGUCAGCUGCAGCCUCCAUGGGCUGUUGUGGCUCUUCUGUUUCUUUCUGAAGCAGCAGAGGGGGGUUUGGAGAAAUCAUCAGCUGGCUGUGCCCUGCUCUCUUCCCUCCCCAGGAGCCCAGGGGAGCUGCCUGGGUGGCUGCCUGGCACUUGGAGCAGAGGAGGGUGGUGGUGAGCCCCAGACACAGCUCCACACUAUGCAGAGCCAUGGGGCUGCCAGAUCCUGUCCCCUUGGUACAGCUGGACACAGGGACGUUGGGGGGUGUUUGUCUCCUGCUGAGCAGCUGGGAAAGCCCUGGAUAUCCCAGUGAGGAGCUAUGGCUCUGCCUAGGAUGUGGCAGUAGCCAAGCAGUGCCCUGGGCAGAGACUCAUCAGGGCUGUGUGCAUGAGACACCCCAUGCCAGGGAGAGAGGGGAGCUUGGCAGGGAUGAGCCCAGGUCCAGGUCAUCAGCUGGUGAAUAGAUGCCUCCAGGUUCAAAAACAUCAUGGUGCAGGAUUAGAAGAUCAUUAUUAGGGCUGGCUGUGAGUUCAUGGUGACUCAGUCUUGUUUCAUUUGCUGCCCUGCAAUAGCCCAAAUCCUGUAGAAGCCCAUGGAGAACACGAAGCUGCAGCUUGUGGGUAGAGGACCUCUGUGGGGUGGGUACUGAGUGGCCACAGAGAUCUUUGGGUAUAUUUUUAUAGGAGCAUUUUUUAGUUGGAAGCAGCAGUGUUGCCUACAGUGGUGGGGGCAGCAGGUCCAUCUCCAUUGCUGUGCCUUUAGGUGGUGUUUUGUCCCGUGAGGUGGGAGGAGGUGGAAGUAGCAGGAGGCACAGAGUGUCAGGAGCACUGAGCUGCUGCGUGGGGAGGCACGGGCUGGCCUGGCAGCUGAUGUCCCUGGGGCAUCACACUGCAGGGCUCUCUGCUGACUGCUGCUGUUUGCUUUUCAAACCAAAGAGCAGCUGGGGCCAAAGCCCUUUGGGGAGCAAACCAUGUCUCUGCUCUGUACCUGUUGCACUUCACUUCUGGUGUUUAUUUCAAGCAACUUUCAGGCUCCUGCUUCUGCUUGGCCUCUUGCAUUCCUCGCUGCCCUGCAGCACCUCAAACAGUUGCUGGGCUGGAGCUGGUGUGCCACCAGCCCUGUGGCAAGUGCUCGAGGCAGCUCAAGACCUGGUUGCAGUCCACCUGAGGAUGCUGAGGGGCUGGGUAGCAGGGGUCCCUCCCAAAGGGUGGUUCUCCUUGGCAGGCAGUCUGAGCAUAGAAUGCUGCUGAGGAGGUGGAGAGGAGGGUUAGGUUGGCCAGAGGUUGCAUGGGUGUUCUGCAGGUCCUAAGUCCUGCUCUCUAUGGCUGCUGUUCCUCUGGUCCUGGGUCCAGGAAAAGGUAAUCUGUAACCUGGGCUUUUACUGAUCUUCACUUCCCCUGAUCCUACCCACAGGAUGCCUUUAGCUGUCUCAGCCCCUUCCCUUCCACAGCUUAUACUUUCAGAAGACAUUCUCAGCUUCUUUUCUUUGUUCAGUUCUUUAUUUAUAAGCAGUUGUUUGUUUUUCAUUCCUUCUUCCCUAGUGAUUGAGAGGUCUCUUCCUUCCUUCCCACCUGCCUCUGCUCUCCCCAGCCCCAAAUUCCUUUCCCAGGCUGAGGCUGGAUCCUGGUGGUACCAAACCACUGAUGGUGAGAUCAGGUGUUUAGGACCUGAGUCUUGCUGGAAUCCAGUGGGUGCUUCUGGUCCUUCCCCACAGCAGGCCAUCCAUUUCACUGGGCAGGGGCAAUGCCUGUGAGCUGGGAGCUUGGCGUGGGAGCCGGUCCAUGCUCUGACAAGUGAAUCCAAGCCAGGACCAAGAGCCAGAGUAGAGCUGUAGGAAAUGGGGACUGGGGUGGGGGCUGCCAUUUCCAUCUCCAAGGCUGAGGAUUAAGUCUGUGAAGGACUGUCAGACAUUCCUGGGGAGAUGUCAUGGCACUGGGGUGGGCUCAGGCAGUGCAGUUGGUUCCCCUGGGAGUGCUGUGGAGCAGCUUGAGUGCAUCAAGCUGAGCUGAGUUAGCUGUGGCAGGGACAUCCCUGGGACCAUGGGGAUGCUCAGGUGGCCAUGCCAGCUCUCCAGUGAGCAGGUGCCAUCUCUGCAGUCUGGGUGGGAAGAUGUUCAUGCUCUGGUCUUGGGGCCCAUGUGCUGGUCUGGGGGACAAAGGGGAAAGCAUCCUCUGACAGAGUUUUGGGACCAUCUCUGGGCACUCAAGCCUGCCCUUACAGGGAGAAGAGGAGGGAGGAGAACCCUUUCUGCACUUCCCUUGGGUAUUUACCAUCAAGUCCAGGCUGCAGCUGAAGCCUGACCAUUAAAAGUAGGCAAAACCCUCUUGUUAUACUUCAGAAUUUGACUCUUUCUCCAUUGGGUGGUGAGUUCACCUGUGGGAAGGUUCCUGUGCAUGCAGGUGAAAUGCUGAGAUUCAUAAGGGCAGGUCAGUGAGGUCUGGGGCUGGCAGCCAGGCCCGGGUGAGCACCCAGCUUCUCCCCAGCUGCCCGGCUUCCUCCACAGCAGCUCCUGGCAGCUGCCUCUGGCACUUUCUGGGUAUGAAGAUGCUGCUCUCACAGUGUGCCUGGGAUGCUCCGUGGGGAGAGCAGGACCACAGGUGGGAGCUGGGCCGUGGGCUUGUUUCUGAGUGCCUCCAAGCCGUGGAUCUGAGGGACUUCAUGGUCAGUGGGAUUCUUGGGUGCCUCCCAACCUGUGGUCAUGACUCCGGUAGAGUUCCCGGGGCUGUUGGAGGUCACAGCCAAGGUUGCUGAGGUUUGUGUGGCUUGCAGUGCCUUUAACACUGCUCUCCAUGUGUUUCUAAGAUGAUACUCCAUGUAUGUGUGUAUAUAUAUUGUAAUAACACAUCCCGCUCUUCUGUGUGAGUGUCAAAUGGUUUUGCUUUACUAAUAAAUUUAUAGUUAUUUAUACCU